AUGGGCGAUUCAUCCGUUGCAACAGUCAAUCGCGCAUUGGCUCAGUUGAAUGUGAACAGGGACGCAAAACGUCUCGUCGUCGCCAUCGAUUUCGGAACAACUUAUUCUGGCAUCGCAUAUUGCUUUCCAGACUUGCCGCCGGACGGAAAACUGACAGCCAUCAGGAAAUGGCCCGGGACUCACGUGCAAGCGGCAAAGGUGCCAACGAUUGUCAAGUACGACAAGAACGAUUGGGGUAAAUACGAAUGGGGAACCCUCCUCAAAAGCGCAGAAGACCACAUUGUCGGGAUCAAGCUACUGCUGGACCCAAGUCAAAAGCUCCCUUGGCAUGUUCCGCCAACUGACCUCGACGCAACUAUGAAGUUGUUGCCGCCUUUUAAGACACCCAAGAACGUAGCGACGGAUUUUAUGCGCUCUUUGAAAGCUCACGGCAUGUCGCAAAUUGCGACAAAUCUCGCGCAAGAUGCUCUCGAUUUAUUCCAAGUUGAAUACGUCAUGUCAGUGCCCGCAGUGUGGUCCGACGCUGCCAAAAAUGCGACGCUCGAGGCAGCGAAAGCGGCUGGAAUCUCUCCUGUCACUUUGAUCAAAGAGCCCGAAGCCGCGGCCCUGUACUCGAUUCGACAACUCGAUGCAUUCCUCACACCAGGCGAUGUUAUUGUGAUAUGCGACGCCGGCGGAGGCACAGUCGAUUUGAUUUCGUAUGAGAUUGAAAAAGCUUCCCCCAGCCUCGAAUUGAGAGAAAUUGUUCCCGGCACAGGAGACACGGUCGGGUCUAUAGCUUUGAAUCGUCGGUUCAAAGCAGUUUUGGAGGCAUUGAUCCCGAGUGAUCGGUGGCAAAAAUUCAAAGAUAGCAGGGCCAUGGUCAAGGCCAGCCAGCAAUUCGAGAACGAGAUCAAGCUCGAGUUCUCGGGAGACUUGAAUGAGGAAUUCUAUGUCGAUUUACCUGGCGCUGACCUCGAAGACAUUCCAGAGAAAGGCUUGCUGGGCAACGAAUGGAAAAUGACUGGACGGGACGUCAAGGCCAUCUUUGACCCGGUCAUCGCCGACAUCUUACAUCUCAUUCAGCACCAAGUGCAGGCGGUUCAGCGGGAGGGAAAAGCUGUUCGGGCGAUUUUCCUCGUCGGCGGCUUUGGAAGCAGCGAAUACCUCAGAAAAGAAGUUGAGAGGGUUCAUGAGGGCAUCAAGGUAGCUCAGCCGGACGAUGCUUGGGCUGCCAUAGCCAAAGGCGCUGCCUUGUCAAAAAUGCCAGAUAAUGCAGUGGUGACCAGCGUGUCAGCUGUUCGACACUAUGGUGUAGAGUGUGGUGCAAUGUACGACAAAGUCAUUGACAAGGGUCAGCCCUCUUACUAUGGCAGAUUCACAGGAGAAAGAAUGGCUCAUCGAAUGAGUUGGCACAUUACCAUCGGCGACAACAUUAAAAGAAAUGACAAGAUUCGACUGGGGUUCUACAGACAUUUGCCCGAAAAUUUUACUGCCAACGACGCAGUCUUCAAAAGUACUUUAUAUGACUGUGUUGACGAGAAUGCGCCGAUACACAGGUCAAAAAGCCGAAAUGUCAAGGUGAACUGUGUCCUAUACGCGGAUGUCUCCAAUGUGCCAUUGUCCAAAUUCAGCAAAAGAACUAGAAAGCACAGCCAAGCGCUCGUGAGCAAGCGAGCUGGCUUUCCUUCUGAAACAGAUGACCAGGCCGAGACUUACUGGGAGGUGACGUAUGACCUGGUUAUCUGCUUCGAUUCUGCGGUCAUGAAAUUUUCAAUGGAGUUGGACGGCGAGACGUUGGGUUCUGUGGAGGCGCGAUUUGAACAGUAG